CUGAUAGGUGGCACUGAUUGGCAGCACUGAUAGGUGGCACUGACUGGCAUUGAUAGGUGGCACUGACUGGCACUGAUGGGUGACACUGAAAGGAAGCUCAGAUGUGAACUGAUAUGUGGCAUUGAUGGACACUGAUGUGGCACUGGCAGGUGGCAUGGAUGAGCACUGAGAGCUGGCACUGCUGGGGCUACACAGAUCAUCAGGGCACACUGAUCAUCAGUGCUCUGCGGCUCUCCUCUCGAGCUGUCAGAGUGACAGCUCAAGAGGAGAGAAAUGCCGAUAACCGGCAU